CCCUCUGGUUUUACGCCGGUUGGCAGCAUAAACCGCUGAAGCUCUCCCAUUAUAACCCUCCACCUCCUCCUCCCUCACGUUCUCUCUUUCUUUCUAAGUAAAGGUACUAAGUUGGUGUGUCUAUAUUCUCUGGUUUUUAACCGAACCAGAGUACUAUACUCAUUGAAGCUAGUUCUUUGCAUAAAGUUUGUGCAGUGAGCUUUGUGAUUAUAGAAUCGUAUGUGGUUAAUCUGAAAUUAAUGGGGCAGUUUUGAGCAACGGUUAAAGGGUAAAGAAAUAUUACGAUUAUUGUUAUUCUUAAGAAGGAAGGAAGGGAAGGGAAGGGAAGGGAAGUAAAUAAUGGCUCGGGCUACUAGUACUAACUGGCUCUCGUUUUCACUUUCUCCAAUGGAAAUGUUGAGGUCAUCACCUGAAUAUCAGUUUGUUUCUUACGAGAACUCCAGUGCUGUAUCUCCUCACUACCUGAUGAACGAUUACUUCUAUGCAAAUGGGUGGCAAAAUCCCAAAUCGCAAGCAUACUUCACUGGAGAGGAAGACAAAGUACAAUCAACUAUGGCAGACUCGUCCUUUCUCACAACUCUAGUUGAUGUACAAGCUCAACAUACCCAAGCGGUACCUAAACUGGAGGAUUUUCUGGGCGACUCGUCAUCAACCCAGGACUCGUCGUUGACUCACAUUUACGAGCAAGGCUCGGCCUACUUCAACGACCAGCAAGAUCUGAAAGCAAUUACUGGGUUUCAAACGUUUUCUACUAACUCGGGCUCGGAAGUCGAUGACUCGGCUUCAAUCCCACGAACUCAGUUUACGGGUCACUCGAUUGACUCAACGCGGAACGAGUUUGGGUUCUCUAAUUGUGCAUCGGGUGCUUUGUCACUUGCUGUUAACAACGACGAGAAGGCUUUAGUCUCUGUUGAUUCUGAUUCCACCAAGAAGAUCGCCGACACCUUCGGUCAGCGAACUUCGAUUUACAGAGGAGUCACCCGGCACAGGUGGACUGGAAGAUACGAAGCGCAUCUCUGGGAUAAUAGCUGUAGGAGGGAGGGUCAGGCCAGAAAAGGGCGUCAAGUGUACUUGGGUGGAUAUGACAAGGAAGAUAAGGCAGCUAGAGCUUAUGAUUUGGCAGCUUUGAAAUACUGGGGCGCAACUGCAACUACCAACUUCACUGUUUCAACUUACUCCAAAGAAUUGGAGGAAAUGAAACAUGUGACGAAGCAAGAAUUCAUUGCUUCAUUGAGACGAAAGAGUAGCGGAUUUUCGAGGGGAGCUUCCAUUUACCGGGGUGUUACAAGGCAUCAUCAACAAGGUCGUUGGCAAGCAAGGAUUGGCCGUGUUGCUGGGAACAAAGAUCUAUAUCUUGGGACAUUUGCCACUGAAGAGGAAGCAGCGGAGGCAUACGAUAUAGCAGCCAUAAAGUUUAGAGGUCUGAAUGCCGUGACAAAUUUCGAGAUGAGUCGAUAUGAUGUUGAAGCCAUUGUGAAGAGUGCCCUUCCGAUUGGAGGGGUGGCUAAGCGCCUGAAGCUCUCACUCGACGCAGAGCACAAGCAAUCACACAGCCAUGACCAACAACCCCCCCAGUGCAGCAGCAGCAGCAUCAAUUUUGGGACGAUGCAACCAGUUUCAGCUAUCCCUUGUGGCAUUCCUUAUGAGCAUACUGCUGCCACCACUCUCUAUCACCACAACCUUUUUCACGACUUUCAGAUUACUAACAACUUUGGCAAUGCCGACUUGGCUGUCUCCACCUCAUCCACAGCCGGUCCAUUGGCAGCUCUACCUCAACCAGCCGAGUUUUUCAUUUGGCCUCACCAGUCAUAUUGAAGUGGGGAAGCGGUAGUUUUUGACUGAAACUUAAUAGUUAGUCGCAGUAUUACUUAUCAGCUAACAAAGAGUAUCAGACUGUCCUGUUUUGGUGACCCAUAUCUGACCCUAUCCCACCCUAAUCAAACCUGCUAAGCCUUGGCAAUAUCUAGGAUCGGAGGGCAGGAGUUUGUUUUGUUUUGUUUUGUUUUGUAAGGUGAAGCUCCUGCCUAGCUAGCUAGUUACAGUAUAUUUAAAUCUUGAUUUUGUAAGUAACUUGGAAGUCAAAAAUGGUUGGAUGAGACAUCAUGUGAUCAUAAAUGGUUCCUGGCGGAAAGUUUCUUUUGUUCUCACAAUUUAUCUUAGU